AUGCACUGGUGCCCCGGAAUCGGGCCGCGGGUGCGCUCCUUCCUGCGUGACUACGACGCGCUCCAGUCCUUCGCCCUCGCCCUCAUAUACCUCCAGAUUGGUUGUGCGCUGAUUGGAUCGCUUGGUGCACUGUUCAAUGGGGUUCUUGUAAUAAACCUUGUGAUAGGGCUAUUUGCUGUUGUUGCGAUUGAAAGUAGUAGCCAAAGACUUGGCCGGACUUAUGCUGUCCUGCUCUUCUUUGCUAUCGUCCUUGAUGUUGCAUGGUUUAUACUCUUCUCACAUGCUAUAUGGAAUAGUACCCCUGAUGAGAAGUAUGGUCAACUUUUUGUUUUCUCACUCAGACUUGCAUUGUGGAUGCAAACUAUUGGGUUUUCAGUGAGGUUUUUAUCUUCAUUUAUAUGGAUCCAGAUGUACAGGUUAGGGGUCUCAUCAAGCACGCCAACAUAUUAUGAAGCAAAUGAUGCAAGAAAUAGUUUCUUGAGCCCCAGAUCUAAUUCAGUUAGACGGGGUUCAAUGGCUGAUGAUAUAUUGGGUGGUUCAAUUUACGAUCCUUCUUACUACUCUUCUCUCUUCGAAGAUGUUCGAAAUAAUGCAUGCAAUCAUCAGGGUGAUAAACAAAGUGGUGGUAAUGAUGGCGGGUCAACAUCUGCAGGCCAAUCUCCACGGCUUAAAUCUUUUGGUAGUAGAUCUUUUCUUUCUAAUGAUGUGGAGGCUGGACUAAGAAGGCCGCUGAAUUCAUGCUCAGUGGAGACAAGUUGA